AUGAGUAAAAAACAACCUGGACGUCCUAAAACUGCAUGUAACGCAUGUGCUUUAAACAAAGUAGCUUGCAAAGGAAUUUUUCUUUAUUGUGAAAAGUGGGAAACCACUCAAAAUUGCCCUUCAUUACAAUUUAAUACACAAAUAUCUUAUCCAAAUCCGUGUAUUAGAUGUACACAAAUUCAUAAACCUUGUAACGGUAAUUAUGCGUUAUGUUAUAGGUUUCCAUGGCAUCUUUUUUCAGAUAGAGAUAAUAUUGUUUUAUCUGAUAAAGAUGCUAUAGAAAUUAAAGGUGUCCCAUCAUUUCAAACUUUUGACAAUCCAACACCCGCAUCUCAACCUUUGCCACCAAAUGAAUCUUUAUUAAUCAUACAUUCUAUAAAUCUUGAAAUUGGAGAAAGGGAAUCUAAAGAUUUAGCAAUAAUGGUUAAAAUUCGUAAAGAAGGAAAACCUUAUAGAGAAGUAGUAAUGGAGUUGGAUACUGGCUCAGAUGUUACUUGGAUUACCUCUGCAUUAUUUGAUUUUUUAAAACUUAAAAAAAUUGAAUCAGAUGAAAUAAUUUAUGGGCAUAGUGGGUAUGAAAUUCCUGUUGUUUGCAAAGCAGAGGUCAUUAUCAAAAUUAGAAAAGUUAAAUCAAAAAUUAUAGUUUAUGUAAAUAACGAUAUAAAUUAUUUAAAUGGAAUAAUUGGCAAAGAUUUAAUGAAAGCAAUGAAUUUAAAUCUUUUAAUUUCGGAAGGACAAAUUUCUGUUUCAUGUAAUGAACAUAUUUUUAAAGCACCUUUAUGUGUAGGCAAAAAUUGUAAUAUUUUACAAUCUUAUUUAUCUGAUAAUGAAUAA